AUGGCCUCAUCGUGUGCCCUCGUCGACGACACCUUUGGACCGCACGCUGGUGACUGCAGGGGCGGUUUCGACCUGACGCUUCUCUUUGAAGAAUCAAUUCUCAUUGUGCCUCUAUGCUGCCUGCUUCUCCUUGCUGCACCAAUCCGCGUAGCCUAUCUUCUACGUAAAGGAGUGUUAAAAGUUGAAAAAAGCCCUCUGCUAUAUUGCAAAUUUAUAUCCAUUGUCUUACUCAUCGGAGCCCAAAUCGGCAUUCUUGUGCUUUGGACACGGCCAUCAGCGGUUUCGACGAGAGCAUCUCUGCCAGCAGCAGCUCUGUCUUUGGUCAGUUCAAUUGCGCUCUUGCCAUUGUCGUAUGCCGAGCAAAUCUACUCGACUCGGCCUUCGACGACCAUCAAUCUCUUCCUACUGUUGGCAAUUCUUUUUUAUGCCACUUAUACCCGAACGCUAUGGUUGCAGGAUGAUAACCAGUCGGUUGCCACCGCUGCCCUGGUUGCAACAUUGCUCAAGAUAAUUAUUAUCGUGUUUGAGGCCAUCGAGAAACACAAGAUACUGCGUGAACCGUUCCGCUCUUUGCCUCCUGAAUCUAACAGCGGCGUGUUUGGGAGGUGGUUCUUUACCUGGCAGCUUCCGCUCUUCCGGGCCGGCUACUCGAAUCAGCUCGAGAUCAAGGAUCUAUAUGGCCUUGAUAAGCAUCUCGGUUCUUUCUAUCUGCAGACACUUUUACGGACGAAAUGGAACCAAGCUUCAAAGCACAGCCGGUUUGCGCUGCUAUACACCGUCAUCCGGGCCCUCAAGGGGCCGAUACUAGCCAUUGUGUUUCCACGGCUCUGUUACAUCGGCUUUACAUUUGCCCAGCCAUUUCUCAUCUCAGCCACUCUGGCUUGGAGUGAGCAUCCCGAGGACUCCGAUGAUGCCGACGAGGGUUACGGCCUCAUUGGUGCAUGGUUCCUCGUAUAUGUUGGGAUAGCGGUUUCAAUGGGGCAGCACCAGCAUCUGACCUACCGUGCCAUCACCAUGAUGCGCGGCCAGCUCGUGUCGGCUCUCUACGCAAAGGCCACUGACAUCAGCAUAACGGCGGCCGACCCGACCGCCGCUUUGACCCUGAUGAGCGCCGACAUUGAGAGGAUCGACGUGGGAUGGCGCACCGCGCACGAGGUCUGGGCGAAUUUGGUGGAGAUUGCCGUGGCAGUCUAUCUGCUGCAACGCCAACUCGGCAUCGCAUGCCUCAUCCCUGUCGGAGCCGCAAUUUUCUCCAUCGUCGGGUCCAUCAUCGCUGUGAGCUUUGUCAUGGCGAGACAGGCGCUGUGGCUUGAGGCCAUCGAGGCGCGGAUCGCCGUUACAUCGCAGGUCCUGGGUGCCAUGAAGGCAGUCAAGAUGUGGGGUCUGACGGACGCUCUCAAGGCAAGGAUCCAGGCCAUGAGAGUCGAGGAGUUGCGCAUCUCCGGUAAAUUCCGCCGACUGUUGAUCUGGAACAUGGGUCUUGCGUACUUUGCACCCAUCAUCGCCCCUAUAUUGACCUUCACCGCAUAUAGCCUCCUCGCCCGCAACCAGGGCGAUGGGGGCACCCUGGAUACAAACAGGGUUUUCACGUCGUUGUCGCUCUUUGCCCUACUGCAGGAACCCCUUUCGUCAUUUGUCACGUCCCUCUCUUCAUUGGUUGGCUCAAUCGGCUGCUUUGAGCGUAUCCAAUCCUUCCUAGACUCAGAUGUGCGUGUCGAUGGAAGAGUGAAGCUCCUUCUCAAAGAUUCAGACGGCGCAAACACCUCGCUCCCAGGCACCUCUCAGACAAGUGUUGAGAAUGAAAAGCCUGCCAGUCAUGAUCUGAAAGAAAGAGUAAGCAAGGUUAGCAGCGUAUCCAUGGAUGGGAUCGCUGUCCUUGUCAAAGACGGAGCCUUCGGCUAUGACACUACCAAGGAGGGUAUCCUUGCAGACAUAAGCAUAGAAGUGCCUGUAAGCAAAUUCACCUUGAUUGUCGGGCCGGUCGGCAGCGGUAAGUCUACUUUGCUCAAGGCGAUUCUCGGAGAGGCUAGCAUCAUAGCCGGUUCCGUCCAUGUGUCGAGCGACGAGAUAGCCUACUGUGACCAGACGCCUUGGCAUAUGAACGGUACCGUCAGAGACAGUAUCAUCGCUUUCUCGCCGGCAGAUGAGCGCUGGUACCAGCAGGUACUCGGAGCCUGCGCCUUGAAUGAAGAUCUUCGCCAGCUUCCCAAAGGUGAUCUUACCACAAUUGGAAGCAAGGGUAUUGUUCUGAGCGGAGGCCAGAGUCAAAGAAUAAGCCUGGCAAGAGCUGUAUACGCCCAGCGUGAUAUUAUCAUCUUGGAUGAUGUAUUCAGCGGCCUAGAUGCCCACACUGAGAACACGGUCUUCCAUAAUCUACUUGGAACGAACGGAAUUCUGAGAAAGCUCAACACCACAGUCAUUGUCACCUCCUCUCGAUCCAAACGUAUUCCUUAUGCUGAUCACAUCAUAAGUUUGAAUGCAGACGGGAGCGGCUGCGAGCAGGGCAACUUGGACCAGCUGAGCGCCUCCGGAGGCUAUGUGUCUCGCCUUCAAGCCUCUUCGGCGGACUGGACUCACUCCGAGUCAACAGAUUCUGCCCAGAGCUCCACUGUCAGUUUCAAUAAAAAUGAGGCUGCGUUAGUGGAGCAGGCAGUAGAAGUUGGCGGGGAGGUGCCAGAGAUGGACGAGGACGAGGCUCGCCGACGUAUUGGGGACGUGGCAAUUUACAAAUACUAUGUCCAGGCCAUCGGAUGGAUUCCCACCCUCAUUUUCGUCUGCGUAAUCUGCUCCUACAUUUUCUGUCAAUCCUUCCCCACCAUCUGGGUCAACUGGUGGGCGGCCGCGAACGCCGAGGCCCCCAACGAGAGGCUUGGGUACUACUUGGGCAUCUACGCUAUGCUGGGCGUACUGGCGCUCCUCUUCCUCGUUGUCAGCUGUUGGCAGAUGAUUGUCACAAUGGUGCCGCUGUCGGGAAAGAACUUCCAUUGGAGUCUCCUGACUACGGUGCUCAACGCGCCCAUGUCCUUCUUCGCCAAGACUGAUGCUGGUGUCACCAUCAACCGCUUCAGCCAAGAUUUGCAGCUCAUUGAUAUGGAUCUGCCCAUCACUGCGCUCAACACGUUUGCCACAUUUGUCCUCUGCAUUGCACAGAUGAUUCUCAUUGCCGUUGGCUCCUACUAUACCGCCAUCGCUUUCCCCUUUCUGCUCGCGGCUUUGUGGCUCGUCCAGCACGUCUAUCUACGCACAUCGCGACAGCUCCGUUUCAUGGACCUCGAGGCCAAGUCCCCUCUCUAUGCACAGUUCACCGAAACAAUAAGUGGUCUGGCGACACUCCGUGCCUUUGGUUGGCGCAGCGCGCUGGAAGAGAAGCACCACCAGCUCCUGGACAACUCGCAGAAGCCAUACUACCUUUUGUACUCCGUCCAGCGUUGGCUCACACUGGUCCUUGAUAUGUUCGUAGCGGGCAUCGCGGUGCUCCUCAUCAUCUUGAUCACUCGGCUGCGCGGUACCCUCCCGACGGGCCUGGUAGGUGUAGCGCUCGUCAAUGUGAUCCUCUUCAGCCAGAACCUGAAGCUUCUCAUGAUGUUCUGGACGAACCUGGAGACGCAUAUUGGCGCCAUCUCCAGGAUCAAAUCCUUCACGUCAGAGACGCCGUCUGAACACGAGCCGCUGGAAACCCAGCAGCCUCCCCCUGAUUGGCCUUCCAAGGGUGCUAUUACGUUUGACAAGGUGUCUGCGGGCUAUACGGAUUCGGAAAACGUAAUUAAGGACUUGACCCUGUCUAUCAAACCCGGACAGAAGAUUGGAAUCUGUGGGCGGACCGGAAGUGGCAAGAGCUCAUUGGUCUCAUGCCUGUUCCGCAUGAUUGACCUGCACGGAGGUAGUAUCACAGUGGAUGGGCUCGACAUAUGCACGCUGCCCCGUCAACAAGUGCGCAACCGACUCGUCGGGGUGCCGCAGGAUGCUUUCCUCAUAGAGGGUAGCAGCGUGCGCUUCAAUGCUGACUGCGAGGGACUGUCGACGGACGAGGUCAUUGCCGAUGCCAUCCGCGCCGUCGAGCUGUGGGACAUUGUCCAGGCCAAGGGAGGUCUUGACGCGCCCAUCGAGGAGCUUCACCUCUCCCACGGGCAGCGGCAAUUGUUCUGCCUCGCCCGUGCGAUGCUGCGACCCUCGACUAUUGUGAUCCUUGACGAAGCUACGAGCAGCGUGGACGCACACACUGACCAGCUUAUCCGACGCGUCAUGUCAGAGAGAUUCUCGAAUCACACUGUCCUUGCGAUCGUGCAUAAGCUGGAAACGGCUCUUGAUGACUUUGAUGCCGUGGCGGUCCUUGAUGCUGGCGAACUGCGCGAGUUUGGGCCACCACGAGAGCUGUUGCAGCGCGGCCCUGACGUCUCUGCGUUUGCUGCGCUCUAUGAAAAGUUCGCAAUCAAGGCAGAAGACAGCUGUGAUAGUGAGGACGAUGCCAAGAUUAAUACUGAUGCAAGCGAUGCGGAUGAGAAGGCAUAG